UACAGGUAUCUUCCAGUACUUCAGUUACAGCAUCGCUGAUAGUUCCAAUUGUUUGUGGAUUAUUGCACACUUUGGACAGCUUCAGAUUGAAGUUAAAUUCAUUUGAAGGCAUUGAAGCUCUAAAUUGUUUAGUUGAUCAAGUAAAAAAACGACUUUUGGGCUAUGAAAAGCGCACCUUUCCAAAAAUGUCAACUCUUCUGGAUCCAAGAUUUAAAAAGCAAGGUUUUCGUUCGCCCUUUAACGCCGAUGAUGGCCUUCAUGCAUUAGAAAACGAGCUAGCUGCCUUAAAAAAAGUUUCGCCAUUGGAUCCGCCAACACCAACAGAAAAGGAAUCAGACUGCCAGCAGCCUCUUUUUGAAUUUGUUGUUAAAAAUAUUUCUACUUUGGGGAGGACAAACCGGGUCGAUGCCAUUGUUGAACUUCAACAGUACAUGCGAGCGGCACAUUCACCUCAGCAAACAGAUCCUUUAAAGUUUUGGAAGGGCGCUCCAGAUGAUUCUCUUCUUAAAACUACAGCUGAACGCCUUUUUUGUGUGCAAGCAUCAUCGACUGAGUCUGAGAGGAGUUUUAGUAAAACGGGACAAAUUAUUUCUGCUAGGAGAGCAUCACUAAAGGCCAAAAACGUGGAUAUAUUAUCCUUUCUCAAUAAAAAUAUGUGGAUCUCAAACUAUUCAAUCAAUGAAUAGUUAGCUAGUUACACUGAAGACUAAUACUGUAACAUGAGUUCAAUGCUAUAGCCUCAACGGUUAGUAUUUUCUGUUCUAAGUUAUACCUGCUAAAACCUUAGACUAGGUUAUAGCAUGUGUAACUCAAAACAGAAGAUACAAACCGUUGAGGCUAUAGCAUUGAACUCAUAUUACAAUAUUAGUCGUCAGUGUACAAAUUUAGAAUAUAUUAACCUAUUCAUAAGAAUCUUUUGUGAAUUAUUUCAUUUCUUCCUUUGUUAUAAGCGACUUCAUAUGAUUAUGAGAUUUUGUUAUGUUUUGUUAUUCGAAUAAAGAAUGGCCUUUAA